AUAACAUGGAAAGGAAUCCUUUUAAACAUUUUCAAACAGGAUUAUUUUUGAAACUUCAGCUUUAAACUAAGGAAAGAUAACUUUAAAGAAUCGCAUACGAGGCUGAUGUAGCAUUAUCUUGUUUGGAAACAUUGUAAUAGCUUUCCAGUGUGGGUCACCAUGUGGCAGGCCCUAGGGAGAUUUUUAAGGAGGAUUGACCUUUGUGAAUUACCCAAGAGAAAACUUCAUCAAGGACUCCUGGAGGUUAACCCUGAGGUUUCUGAAGCCUUACAUCAUGGCCAACCAGUUGUUGCUCUGGAGAGUACCAUAAUUAGUCAUGGAAUGCCAUAUCCACAUAACCUCAGGACUGCCAAAAAAGUUGAAGAAAUUGUCCGAAACAACCAAUGUAUUCCUGCAACAGUAGCCAUUCUAAAUGGUAAAAUCUGUGUUGGACUUACUGGUCAACAGCUUGAGCAGGUUGCUGAUCCAGCAUUUGUCAGUCAGAAAGUAUCAAGACGAGAUCUGCCUUAUAUUGUUGCACAGAAGCUGAAUGGAAGCACCACUGUCUCUGCGACUAUGCUGAUUGCACACAAAGUUGGGAUUCCACUGUUUGUUACUGGUGGUGUCGGUGGAGUCCACAGAGGGGCUGAAUCAACUCUGGACAUUAGUGCUGAUCUUGUUGACAUGGGUCGAACACCAGUGACCGUUGUAUCAGCUGGAGUCAAGUCAAUCUUGGACAUUGGUAAAACUUUAGAGUACCUGGAAACUCAAGGUGUCUGUGUUGCAUCAUUUGGACCAUCCAAAGAUUUUCCUGCCUUUUUCACCCCUAAAAGUGGCUUCCAAGCCCCCAUGAAUGUCAACAAUCCUCUCGAAGCCGCCCAGUUAAUUGUCGCUCACAGAGAGUUGUCUUUAGAGAACGGUAUACUAAUAGCAGUACCAAUACCUGAACAUUCUGCUUCCUCUGGGCAUCAAAUUGAAAUGGCAAUUCAAGAAGCAAUUUCUGAAGCUUCGGUUCAAAAUAUUCAUGGUCGUGAUCUGACCCCUUUCAUCUUGCGCCAUGUUCACAAAGCUACCCAGGGAGCAUCUCUUGAUGCAAAUAUUGCUUUGAUUUUGAACAAUGCGGCUGUUGGAAGUGAAAUUGCUAAAAUUUCUGCAGAGCUUUGGAGGUCAAAGGGUAAAUUAAAGCACAAUGUGAAAAAAUCAACAAAAGAUGAAAAAGUUGUUGUCGUUGGAGGUCUGAUAGUUGAUAUUUAUUCAAAACUGAAGAAUAACUCAGAGAUUACAAGUGGUUUAAUAAAUCCUGUUUCCAGUACUCAGUGUUUUGCUGGAGUUGGAUAUAAUAUUGCAAACUGCUUGGGCAAAAUAGGGAAGCAACCAGCUUUUGUGUCUGCUGUAGGGCAUGAUAUCUUUGGCCGUUAUUUCAAAGAAAGCUGCAAAGAUAUUGAUAUAAGUGGUGUGUUGCAAAUACAAGAUCAAUCUACUGCUAUGUACCAAGGAUUCCUUAAAGCCGAUGGAGACCUUACAGCCUCAUUUAUGGACCCAGGCUGUCUUAGUUAUGUAACACCUCAACAGGUAUAUUCUCUGGAGGAAAAACUGCAAAAUGCUCCAUUGGUCUGUAUUGAUGGCAAUUUAUCUCAAGAAAUAAUACUCAUUGUGGCAACACUUUGCAGAAAACACAAUGUUCCAGUAUGGUUUGAACCUACAGACAUAGACAAAGCCGCUCUACCAUUCCUCACCGCUGCUCAAAACAUGUUUACUUACAUUUCUCCAAAUAUAGCUGAACUUUGUGUCAUUUACCAUACCGUCACAAAAAAAGAGGCAGAUUCUUUCUUGAAGAACAAAAGCUCUUUGAACCAGUCAAAUAUUGAGGUUGUGAUUGAAAAAUGUACUGAAUUGUGUAAAGCCCUCAUUUCUUUGGUACCAAUUAUAAUUGUUACAAUGGGAGAACUUGGUGUUUUGGUGUGUCGCUCUGGUGAUAUUACUUCCCGGUUGCCUAUCAAAGGCAUGUCAGUGCAACAAGCCAACAACAUGGAGGUGAAAUAUUUCCCAGCAAAGAAAUGUGUUGACGUAUGCAGUGUCUCCGGCGCUGGAGACUGCUUUGCUGCUUCAAUGAUUGCCGGAAUUGUGGAAGGUUAUGAUCUCGACACAUGUGUUCAAUCAGGUUUAGAGUUGGCCACACUCUCUCUCCAGUCCAUGCAACCCGUACCAAUGACAAUAAAUUCAAGGAAAACAACUGGAAUCAAAUUAUGAAUGCAUCAAUCUAUUUUAUUUCUAUAAAUGAUAGAAUUUACAGAGCAUUUGAACUUUAUAUUUUGCAGUAUUUCUUUACAUUCUGAAAUCAAUCCCUACUGAUUAUUUGGACUUUAUCAUUCAUCUUUCUGGACUCAGUAAAAUAUAUACCUGUAAAAUAUUUCUUGAGUAGAUGCAUAAAACAAUGACAGAAAGAAUACAAGCUUAAGACCAGUUCAAAUAUGUUUGAGAAAUAUUUGAACUUGUAUAGCUUUACACUACAAUUUGUUGUAGAGAGAAAAUUCUUGCCUAUGACAAAAAGGUGUUAAAACACCAUUGUCGGCUUCUAUUGGAAUGAUGGAUGCAUUCUGAACUUGUUAGUUCUCUUCAGCACCAGAUACCAAGAGAGGUGGCUAUUGUGCCCUACCAGUCAAUAAUAUUGACUGAUUUGUAAUAAUAUUGACAAUUAUUGUCAAUAAUAUUGACAAUAAAGGAAACAUUUUUUCCUAGUCAGUUUAGAGUUGCCUCUCUUGGUAUCUGGUACUGAAGAGAGCUCAUGAGUUUGAAGUGCAUUCAUCAGUUCAAUAAAGAGUGCUCAAAGUUGACAAUGGUUUAACAUCUUUUUGUCUUAAGUGAGAAUUUUCACUCAGUGUCAAACUGCAGUGAAAAGCCUUUACAAGUUCAAAUACCUCUAAAAGUUUGUACAAGUAAAAUAAUAAGAGUUAAGUAAUGGUUAGUGUGUGCCCUUGUGCCUAUGUUAGAAUUUAUAAUUCAUCUUAUUCUUCAUAUUUCAACAUAUCAUAAUUGCAAGAGAUGCUUCCAGAAAAUCAAGUUUGUUUUACUUCAUGAAAUGUAUGAAUGAAUAUUGCUGUGUUGGAAUUUAUAAUUGUGCCUAUGUUAAAAUUUAUAAUUCAUCUUAUUUUUGAUAUUUCAUUACAAGAGAUAUUUUGAUAUUUCAUUACAUUAUAAGGCACGAAAAGAAAAUGACUCUCCCCAGACACAACAGAAUUACUAGAGAAGCUUCCAGAAAAAUCAUGUCUGUUUCACUUCAUGAAAAGUGUCGAUGAAUAUUUCUGCUGCCAUUUCUUUUCUUCUUUCCAUUGAAGUCUGUAGCUCCAGUCACCCGUUGAUGGAAACUUCUGAUUACAAAAUAUUAAAUAAAAUAUCUAUCUUUUCUAAAUAA